CUGCAACUUUUCUUGCACCUAGCAUUUCUCUUUUGGCAUAGAUUGGAAAGGAGCUGAGUUACCUCGAUUCAGAACAGCCUAUUGGUGUAUGGAGACAAAAGCUUUUAGGCCAGCUAGCAGAAAACAGUUUUCACCAUGAAGAGCGGCACCUAUGUCAUCUUUGCUACUGUGGGGAUAUGCAGUGCUAUUUUCAACACUUGCGCAUGGUCAGUGAGUAACUUCCUGAUGACAGGACCCAAGGCGUAUUUGACAUAUUCUACCAGUGUGUCAAGUGGUGCCCACAGUGGGAUUGAAGAGUGUAAGCACCAGUUUACCUGGGAGCGCUGGAAUUGUCCGGAGAGCGCACUUCAACUCUCCACUCACAACAAACUUCGAAGUGCUACCAGGGAGACAUCUUUUGUUCAUGCAAUCAGCUCAGCUGGGGUAAUGUACACUCUCACCAGGAACUGCAGCAUGGGGGAUUUUGAGAAUUGUGGCUGUGAUGAUUCAAGAAAUGGGCGUGCGGGUGGAAAAGGCUGGGUUUGGGGAGGCUGCAGUGACAACGUAGAUUUCGGUGAGAGAAUUUCUAAACACUUUGUGGAUGCUUUGGAGACAGGUCAUGAUGCCAGAGCAUUAAUGAAUUUGCACAAUAAUGAGGCUGGAAGGCAGGCUGUGAAGGCAACAAUGAAAAAAACUUGCAAGUGUCAUGGGGUAUCUGGGAGCUGCAGCCUCCAAACUUGCUGGCUCCAGCUUGCAGGCUUUCGAGAGGUUGGAAAUUACCUGAAGAUGAAAUAUAACAAGGCUCAGAAGAUGGAGGCGGACAAGAGGAGGAUGAGAGCUGGAAACAGUGCAGAAAGUCGUGGGACCGCAACAGGGACCUUCAGCUCUCUGCUGGCCAGUGAACUUGUCUUCCUGGAGGACUCUCCUGACUACUGCACUACAAACAUCAGCUUGGGCCUCCAUGGCACUGAGGGACGAGAGUGCCUGCAGAGUGGUAAGAACUUGUCCCAGUGGGAGAAGAGGAGUUGCAGGAGGCUCUGCACUGACUGUGGCCUUAAAAUAGAAGCAAAAAGGACAGAACUUGUCACCAGUUGCAACUGCAAAUUCCACUGGUGUUGCACAGUGAAAUGUGAACAAUGCAGACAAGUGGUCACCAAGCAUUAUUGCUCUAGACGAGAAAGCCCCUCUUCCAAUAACACUCGUCGACGGAACAGGGGACAUUGAAGAUAAAGCAACAGUUCCUUCACUGCUACCUGUGACUGUCUUCCAGCAGACUUACCCAGAUACAGUACAUGUGUUUUCAGUUUAUUGGGUUUGUUAACUGAUUAUCAAAUUUCAAGGUAUAAAGGCAUUUUUCUUGGAAUGUCCAGCCAAGCUUUUCUUUACCUGCAUCAGACCUAUCCAGAUUUUCUUCUUUGUUUGUUCUGGAUACAUGUUCUAUUUCCCCAUGCUUCUGAUAUAAAAAUGCUAUUUAUUUGGGUGAGGUUUCUCCUAAUGCUCUAAAGCUGUACACUUUUCACCUUCUUUACAGCCUAUCCUAUGAGAUGUAGGACAUGUAGAGGGUUUUACUUUUUUCUGUUGUGGUGCUUUAAAGGAAUUGACUGUUAGGGUCAGAUGGACAUUUGAUCAAUAUAAUGUUCUUUUUAAGCUUAGAUUGCAGACUGUGGUGGCAUUACAGUUUACUUCUGAAACUUUGCAGUCACCUGUAAGCAAUCCGCCCCCCAGUAAUCACUUUAUUUCUUGUUCUGUUUGAAGACACUUUAAAAAUGUCAACAAGCCAGAUUUUAGUGUCAGGUAAAAACCCCAAUUUCUCCCAUCACACUGGGCUGCUUUGUGAAGUCAGUGUCCUGUCAUGUAAGCCAUUGCCAUUUCUCCUCAGUCAUGAGUACUUGCAGUCUUAUGGGGAAUCAUUCAUGGGACCUGGGAUACGGUCACAAAUAUUCCUGUGGCAAAAAAGGGGGGGGAAGUACCCUUACUAGUUUCGAUGGCUGCCAGAUAUCUCAUGUGUACAGCCUGUUUCACACUAAUUUCUCUGACAUGAUUGCAGUGUCACAGCUGUUUGUGUGCAGAGUAAGCUAAACAUGUGAACUGACAUAGAGACUUUUGGGGCUGCUGACCUGGAUCACUAUGGUAUUAAGUUGACUGGGGCCUAAGACAGUGACCUCUGUGCUUUCCAUAAACUAGAUUCCCCCACCCCCAAUGUAUCGAAAGUGGGAUGAUUGCAGAGUUUAUCUCCUGUUUCAUGCAUCUGGAAAUCCAUAUCUGUGAAGCUGUCACCAAGCAAUGAGAGGAGGUAUUGACUCAAUGUGGGGGGAGGUUGUCCGAACCUUCAUCAGAACAGCUGAGUGCCAUGAUUUCUGUACCUUAUAAUUGCCUUUCUGUAUGAAAUGUAAGAGUCUGUCAACAUAUGAAUUGUAAAUAUAGAUAUAUAGAUAUAUAUUAUGUGAAACAUAUGCACUUUUUGAUGUGAAUAAUGUUCAGAAACAUAGUUCUCACAUAGGUAAUAAGCUUUUAUUUGGGAAUUCACAUGACUGAAUACAGAAUAAUUUUUUAAAAAGUUUACACAGAAACCAAGAAGUUAGACUGCAGUGGUCUCCUCCGUGAUAUGCCAGUUUUCUUUUGUGGAGAAUUUGUGUGUAGAAGUAUUAAAUCAAGUCUGCCCCCCCACUAGCAAUUUAAAGUGGUACAUGACUUGCCUACCUCAGACACAACUAAGGCAUUGUUUUCCAGUUAGGAAAUCAACAUUUUGCUCCUGGAUUUUUUUAUGAACAAUAUUUAUAUCCUUCAUCCAUGUGCAUUUUAGAUGUACUUUUUGCAAAGGAAUUUGUAACAGAUAAAAAGAGAAAUUUUAAUUCUCCAUAUCAGGAUGAGUGUGCUUCAAAAGCAAAAUAAAUUCAAUGCUCUUCUAUCUGCUUCUAUGGUUUUGAAGUGAUUAUAUGUCCAGUGAAGCUGGAGUUUGUUCUGGACUCAGUUUUGCAAUAAACAUCUAAUACAAUGA